CCUUAGUACAUGCCACUCUCAAGUUGCGCUGACGACACCUCAACCUUCAAGCCAACGUUGUCCUGCAAACCACCACCACCGAACUACAACUACACACCUACAUUUCAGCUGCAGUACAACCUGGCCUACUCAAGCGCCGCUCCCAGGCGCUACAUCAACUUCUUCUGCAGCACAUCGAUGAGGUGACCACCAGCGAUCACGUCAAUCAGUUGACGACCGACAACGACGAGCUGUGACCCAACACCUCGGACGCUCUCGUCAUUCGACCAUGACUGCGCCGGGCAAAGGGUCGCGCUGGGGAGCGUUCCUCUCGUCGGCCUUUGAAGGCGUCGAGAAUCGUCUCGACAACUUACUUGACGAAGACCAACAGGCAGCACAAGGAUAUGAGCAGCAGCAGGGAAUGAAAGCCGCGCCCGCGCCCUCGCCAUCACCAAGCCCCAAACCGACUGCAUCUGCUGCCGCCCCGAAGCCCAACCGUGCCAAUGAUCGUCUACAAGCCAGGUUGGCCAAGGCUAUGGCCUCGCGAACCUCACAAUCGUCUCCUCGCAGCUCCAUUGAUACUUCUCGUAGUUCGGUUGAUAAGGAGCGCCCUGCUAGCACUGAACCCGUAGUGAUGAGACAAAGCAUCGAAGUAUCGGAUAUCAAGCCAACUGAACCCGCCAACCAAAUCGACAAGUCAACCUCCUCUGACAGCCCAGCUUCCGCUCCCCCACCUGAACAACCAGCGACAUCUGAAGGAAGCGAUAACAAGGAGUUUGGUGAACAAAACCUCAAGCAUGAUUUUCCCACCCCGAUUAUCGUUGAGCCGCCUCCUGAGGCCGAACCUCGAAGUGCACCAGAACAAGAAGUUACAGAACAAUCCAGCAUCCAGCAAAAGCCGAACAGCCCAAUAUCAGAUACCAGGCAUCCCGUAGAGGCACCACAAAUCGUAGAUGCUCCAGUUGAAGAGUCACAGAAAGACCAGGACGCCACUCAAGCUCACGCGCCUCCUUCAGAAGAGAUUCAAGAGUACAUUGAGCAAAUCGACUCGCUACAAGCCAAAUUGCAGUUUCUGUCCAAAAAUGCCGCCGAUGCAGCCAGGCAGACUGCAAGCUCUGCUGAAGCGGGUAGUGCAGAGCGCAAAUUGGCCGAAAAGGAUGAGAAGAUCGCUCUGCUGAUGGAGGAAGGACGAAAGCUUUCAACUUCAGAGCAAAAGUUCCGAACAACGGUUCGCAAGCUGCGCACCCAGAUUAUAGACAACGAGAAGCAGGCCAAUGAACUCAAACAAGGUAAAGAAAAGGCUCUAGCCGAGGUGGAAUCUCUGCGUAGUCGAAUCAACAACAAGGAAGAGCAAGAGAAGAGAAAUGAGGAAGUGCGAAAAGCGAAAGCUACGCUCCAGAAGGAACUCGACGCCCUGAAGAAAGACAAAGCUGUCAAGGAGGAGGCAUAUCGACGGCUGGAGCAAGAAUCUAAAGCCAGGACUGAGCAAAUACAAGCCACCCAUACUGAGGCAUUGAAAAAGGCGCUGGAUGUUGAGAAGAACAAACAGCAAGAACUUGACCGUACUAUCGCAUCACUGCGGUCAGAAAAAGAGGCAUUGGUUGAGAAAUUGCGCCUGACUGAGGUUGAGUGGCAAGAGAAGUUAGACCGGGCAUUAGAACGUGGUCGGAAUAUUGAAGAAGAGCUGAAGCUUGAGCUGAGAGCGGCCGAGGGCAAACUCGAGGCAAUGAGAGUGACGGCCGAGGAGGCUUCUGCAGGAUCUGGUGGUGACAUCAAGUUGAUACGACAUAUUGAAACCCUCCAAUCGCAGUAUGCAUCAGCCAGCGAGAACUGGCAAGGUAUAGAGACCUCACUCCUGACCAAAGCUGCCAGCCUUGAAAAGGAGAGGGACGAAGCGCAACGGCGAGAGUCAGAAAUGCGGAAGAAGGCUCGUGACGCGGUAAAUUAUAUGUUCUUGACACCAAAAAAGGGGAAGAUGGCUGACAUCUUCAACAGGCAACUCGGUAUAAGCGACUCGAGGAUGAGCUGCAGGACGUUAGUCCAGCUCUCACAGUCGCUCGGCAGGAGCUCGAGACAUGUCGUGAAGAGCUUGCUGCCCUCAGAAUCCAACACAGGAGCGUGGAGACGGCCCUUGAACAGGCACGCAACGAGCUCGAGAAGCAACAGCGAGCGGCGAGCAGGGAGGUUUCGGCCGAGGCCGAACGAAGGCAAUGGGCAGACGAUGUUGCUACAAGCACACCCCGGUCUCAGAGCAGACCCGAUUCCCCAUUGCUUUCUGUUGCCCGAACCUUUAGCUCGGACUUCAUCGGGCUUCCUGUACCAGCAAGACAGCCUCGUCGAGUGCCCACACCGGGAAGCCAAACCGAAAGCGCCGGCGAUGGCUUCUUCUUUGGACGAAGGAUGUCCAGUCAACCCCCUCGUCCUAGUGCUUUGUCCACGGCCGGUCAUGCGAUACCUCCCCCACCCCCUUUCUCGCCCUUUGAGCCACCUACCGAGUCACCACGCGCCGCAUCACCGGCACCAGAUCGUGAUGACGGUCUAGAUGACGGUGACCCUUCAUCUCCCCGCAACGUUGCGCAAGACAUGAUUUCGGUCUCGACAGUUGGGGCAGGUCCUUCCGUUCAGCUCGUCGAGAGAAUGAGCGCGGCAAUUCGACGACUGGAAGCCGAGAAGGUGGCUGCUAAAGAAGAGAUGGCUCGUGUAUGCAGCCAGCGAGACGAGGCGCGAUCUGAUAUUGUGAACCUAAUGACAGAGUUGGAAACACAAAAAACCGCUUCAGCACGGGUAACAGAAUUAGAAGCAGAAGUAGAGAAUAUCAACUCGCGAUACCAGACAACAUUAGAGAUGCUGGGCGAGAAGAGCGAGCUCGUUGAGGAGCUCAAGGCUGAUGUUCAGGACGUUAAGGAUAUGUAUCGUGAGUUGGUAGAACGGACCGUGAUGAAGUAAGAAAAGGGAAGAGCUUGAUUAUAUUUUACUUGGUUAUCUUCUGCCUUGUUUUCAUUGCUUUCUCGUGUUUGCAUCUUAGACUCGGGAAAAGUCGUGAUGUGUUGCACCUUUUCUCUCCCUUCUUCCAGCAUGUAUUCCUAGCUACCCUGGCAACUCGAUACCCUCACGCUCUGCACCUUGUAAGACAUAUCGGCGUACCUGUUGACAAAGAGACAGAGUUAGAUGGGAGUUUAUAGAGUGGUGCGAAGAGAAGAGAGCCAAGAACUGCAUGUUCUAUUGCGUUUUUAGAGAUAUACAUACUUCUUUAUCUGGUGCCAGAUCAAGUGCUAGCUCAUCCGCGCUGUUCUUUAGGGUGAAAUCAGCGCCUUCUUUGAGCAGGGCAACAGCAGUGUCUCCUGAGGAACAGAGGUUAGUUACUUUUCGACGCCGGUGGCAAAGAGAAGCUCUUUACCAUGUCCCUCUGCAAUUGCGUGAUGGAGGGGGGUGAAACCCUCAUUAUCAGCAGGGUUUAGCGGACUUCUGUUUUUGAGAAGCAGAGUCACCAUUGGCACAGAACCGACAGCAGCAGCGCGAUGUAUGGGAUACUGCCCCCUGCAAUCGCGUACUCGGGUCGACGCGCCGUUGUCGAUAAGAACGCGGGCAAUAUCAAGGUUCUUCUUGGAGGCGACAAAGUGAAGGGCAGUCUAUAUGGUGAGCUUAGAUGCUUCUCGAUUCAGACUUAGUGAUGGAAGCGUUACCUGUCCAGCAGAGUCUUCGAGGUCCGGUGAGUAUAUUUGAAUUGAUAGACGGAGAGUAAUACUUACUCUUGAGGUUCACGUCCGCGUCUUUGGACAUGAUAAAUUUGACAACAGCUUCACCCUCCGGAACACUGGCUGAGAUCAUCAAAGGAGACCACCCGCUUUCGUCCUAGAACGCGUCGGUUAUAGUUCUGGAGAAAGGGGGGGGGGGCACUUUCAAUGAGAAGUCGUUGCUCACCUGGACAUCAGCAUCGAAACUGCGUUGGUUGGCUAACAACUGGACGAUGUCCAAGUUGUUAGAUGAAGCUGCCCAGUGUAUUGGAUACCGACCAUCAUUGUCCUUUCGUUGCGACAAUUUUGGGUCUGACUGUCCAAGCAAUCAAUGUCUGAGACAUACAGUUCAGCUAUGAAUAUGAAUAUGAAUGCUGACCUUGAGAAGCCCUUCAAAAACAGUUACUGUAUUUGCAGAUUAGUGGUGAUCCCAGUCAUGGAGUUUGUAUAAUUCAUUAAGCAUACCUCGCCCCUCA